AUGGUCGCUGGAGCUCUUUUGUGUUUGCUUGUUCUAAUUAACUAUGCAAAUUCUGCGACAGUUCAUCUUUAUGUAGGACCAAAUGGUUCGGAUUCUAACAACGGAUUGGAUGAAACUCGUCCUUUAAAAACUCUCGAUAAAGCCAGACAAAAGCUUGAUGAAAAUGGCAUCAAAGGCAACACUGUGUUCGUCGAACUUCUGGCAGGGUACCACGAUCUGAGUUCCACUCUUCACUUCACGCAUGGCUACUCACACCCAGUCACUUUCCGGGCUUACAAACAUCAGGAAGUACACGUUACUGGCGGCAAGAGAAUUGACAGCUCUCUGUUCCAUCACGUGACUGACCACACUGAACAACAGCGUCUGCCACAAGUAGCCAGGAACAAGGUGGUCAAGGUUCACCUGCCUGAUGCUGGUAUCACGGAUUAUGGUCACGUGUCCAGGUUUGGUUUCGGCAGCACUCGAACUGCGCCUCUUGAACUCUUCAUCAACGGGAAUCCAACAAGAUUCGCGCAGUGGCCAAACGAGGGUUUCAUCAACAUCAAGACAGUGUUAGAUGGAGCUCAAGGCAAGAGAUUUACAUACUCUGAUGUGGGCAACAGGGAUUCCAACUGGGUUCAUGAGAAGGAGCCGUGGGCGUAUGGAUACUGGUACUGGGGGUGGGCAGAUGACGCAGUCCAAGUCACGAAUAUAGACGCACACAGUAAAACGAUGACAUUGGCAAAUAAUCCUAGAUUUGGAUUGAGAAUAGGUAGCCUUCCUGAAGGUGGAUAUGCAAGACAGGGAGGAUAUUUUAGAGUCAUCAACAUGUUGUGUGAGCUGGAUGAGCCAGGAGAGUCUUACAUCGAUCGGUCCACGGGUGACUUAUACGUCUGGCCCAAUACACCAUCGGGACGCAUUAGCAACUCGGACGUUGUUUACGCCUCGCUGAUUGGAACUUGCAUAAGCAUGGAUUCUGGAGUGAAUAAUUUGGUGUUUUACGAUUUCUCCAUCGAGGCAUGUCGAUAUUUCGGAUUCAAAGCCAAUUCUGUCCACAACAUCAAGUUCCUACUCAUGGAAGUUAAAAACACAGGUGCUGUUGGCAUAUCGCUUGGCGGUGACAGCAGAUCCAUUACUAUAUCGAGGUGUGAAAUUCAUCACGGGGAUGGUGGUAUUUACAUAUCAGGUGGAGUUCGCUCAACCCUGACUCCUUCAGGAAACCUGAUCGAGGACAAUCAUAUAUGGUGGUACAGCAGAAUGGGAGCUGUUGGCAAGCAUGGAAUAGACUGUAAUGGCGUCCACAACACGAUACGUCAUAAUCACAUGCAUGAUGGCCAGUACACAGCUAUCUGGUGGAGUGGCAACGACCACGUCAUGGAAUAUAACCACAUCUGGAACAGCUGCGUCAACGCCAGCGACUGUGGCGCCGUCCAUGCUGGAAGAGACUGGACGAAUAGAGGUAACGUAAUACGUUACAACUACAUUCACCAUACGUUACGUUACUGGCCUGGCUCUACAGUUAGAGGCAUCAUGCUCGACGACCAAUACUCCAGUGUCAACAUCGAACACAACGUAUUCUAUGACAAUGAAGUUCAUGCCAACAUAGGCGGAGGCAGAGACAACAUAGUCAGGUACAACGUCUUCUACAAUGCGACGUCGUCAUCACUUCAGUGUGAUGGUCGGGGACUGCCCCACGGCAAUCGUAAUAGUGGCACGCUCGAUACACGACUAAAGGCGGUGCCCUAUACCAGUCAAUUAUGGAAGGACAGGUAUCCCAAGUUGGCUGCUAUAAACCAGGGCAAUCGAUAUGCUCCCGAAGGCAAUCAGAUUUAUGACAACGUCUACUACAACCAUAAAGGGAUACGGUUCAACAACAUCAGCCCCAGCAUCCAGCAGCCAACAUAUGUUGAUUCACACGACAACUAUAAUUCACGAUCACCAACUGACUUCUGGUCUCCAAAGAAUGCUGACUUCCGUCUGCGGUGUCUGGCAGCUGAUUGGGCCAACAGUGAGAAUGUUCCUCAACCAAUCAGUGUGGACAGAGUUGGGCCGCAACACAAAACCGGACCAUAUUAUUUACAUUCGGGUCAACACAAUACACAUCAUCUGUUACCUCAUCCGGCUCCUUGUGAAGGCACUGUCGCCCCAGCUACCAAGACACCGAAAACACCUUACCUGUCUGAUGGGUCAGGACCAAACACCAUCCAUCCCGAGAUUACCAACCAUGGUUGUUGGCUCAUCAUCACUGGGUGUCCACUCCAUCCAACGAGCGGCACUAGUCGAGACCAUUACGGAGAACAACAUGAACACUCUGGAACGGACCAGGAGGCUUGUCUAGCGCGAGCUGCCAAGUUAUGGAAUUACUGUGGUUCACCCAGCAACCACACGGUCACCGCCGUGUUUGGACCAACAGGCGCCAUGACGGUUGCGGGUACAGGCUGCUACUUUGCUGAUUACGGAUGUCCGAAACACAAGAUCAACCACGGUAGUGGUGCCCUCUACCGAGACAGUUACGGGGAGCAACAUGGCGGACUUCAUAACGAAAAAGCAUGUCUCGAUCGCGCUAGAGGUGAAUGGGUUUGGUGUGGAUCCGACCCUGACUUCCCCGUCACAAGUCUGUACCGCCCAACGGGUAAAACGAGCACCGCUGGAGGGGGUUGCUGGAUUCAAAUCAAAAACUGUCCCGCCGAUUCCAAUUUGAACCACAAAUUUUUCUACGAUGCUUGGGGAGCAACAAACCUAGACACAGGCGUUGGCAGUAACGAAUGUUUCGAUCGAGCCACAUUCUACUGGCGGAAAUGCGGUAGUUAUCGGCAAUUCCCAGUCACUGCGCAUUUCCGGCCGACUGCAUCUUCACAUACAGUACCAGUCGUGUGAAUACUGUUAUUAAAACAUAAUGCAAUGUAGAUGUAUCCAUGUGUUCUACAAUAAAGGUUUAUAAAAACAAUCAUAAUUUGAAU